GAGCGAGCGGCGGGCAUGCAGCGGGGCCAGGGGGAGGGGGAGGAGGAGGAGGAGGAGGAGGAGGAGGAGGAAGGCGGCCCGGAGCGGGCUCUGGAGAAGAGCCCGUUCCAGCUGACGGCCGGGGAUGUCUAUGACAUCUCCUCCGUGGUGGGCCGCGACUUGCUGCAGCUGAGCGCGGGGCCGCUGGGGCCCGCCGCGCUGGCCCGGCUGCAGUUCCGGAUCGUCAGGGUGCUGGAGAUGCUGGAGGCGCUGGUGACCGAGAGCGGCCUCGCCGCGGAGCAGCUGCGGCUAGAGCGGGACAGUCUGCGGCGGGAGCUGGCCGAGCUGCGGGGCCGGGGGGCGCCGGCCGGCGCCCAGCAGCUCAGCCUUGGACCAGAUAAAAUGGUAAUAGACCUCACAGACCCAAAUCGCCCCCGGUUCACAUUACAGGAGCUGCAAGAUGUACUGCAAGAGCGUAACCAGCUGAAAGCUCAGCUUUUUGUGGUGCAAGAGGAGCUACAGUGCUAUAAGAGUGGGAUCAUCUCACAGAGAAAGGACCAAACUGAAGAACUGGAGAAAGCCACCAGUGGCAGCAGCCCUGGCACCAGCAAGGACAGUGAAGAGAAGACAAUCAUCAAAUGGCUGUUCUCUUUUAAACAUGGAAAAUGAGCAUCCUCAAGAGCUUCACCACUCCUGUUCAGAAAUGGCACUGAUGAGACCCUCUAAGGUGUUAGGGGAGCCAAUGAUUGGAAGAAAAAGCAUCAAUCCUACUGUAGAGAAUAAGCAAUCUCUUAAAAAUUGUUGUAUAAUAUUCUUUCAGAAUAGAUUUUACUUUGGCUACCUAGAAACUGUUUAAGACCUACAAAAAGUGUCUUUCUGAAGAUUCCUGCCAGACAUUACCCACAUGUAGAAAAUAAAUGUUUAUACAAAGGUGGUUUUUAUUCUUA